AAGCAGAGCCCUGGAGGCUUUAAUUGAAUAAAUAGCGCUGUAGUGCAGGCCUAAAAUAGCCUUAAUGCGUUGGAUGCAUCGGGAUCCUUCAGGGCUAUUGGAUACCGCCACGUCUAGCCCUAUUUCGCCCUGUAAAUAUUGGUGCCUGCCUUGGACAACAUUCUCAACACGCUAAUUUCAAUUUCUUAACUCACCGUGAUCCAUGACUCCAAGGUUCUUCCCAUUAAGAACACAUAGGCGAGUUCAACAUUGACAGUUUACCUGCACAUUGAAAUCUGUCUCUUCAAUGUCUUCCCUACCGUACUACGGUACCUAACAAUAAUGCGGCCAUUUCUACCGGUCAUACGAGAUACUGAUCGCAGAUCUCAAACUGCGCCGCAGCCCAUGCCCUCUACUCCCGUAAUACAUGAUCAAGUUGGGGUGGCAUGAUUUAGGCAUCGCUUCCCUGCGUAUAAGGCUGCCAUGUUUCGUUUCCUAUAAAAUGGAAUACUAUGCGCCUUUCGCAAGUUAUCAACUGGCUACCUACACUAGACGGCUUCUAGCUUCAUACUAGAACAUUAUCUUCCAAUUCCCAGCUACAACUUACACGACAACAUCGUUGGUUGGUUCCCCAAUCCAUCACACACCCCACACCACGAAAGCGGUGUAAAGCAACAAUGUCAGGCACACUGAUAAAAACAUCCUACGCCUCCAAGGCCGUCGACGUGCCCCCCGACUUCCUCAGGACAGACCCUUCCGACGCGGAAGCCAUCACCUUCAAGCAGAUCGACUUCACCAACUCGCCACUCCCGGAAUUCAAGGGGCUAUACGCAGUAGUACUAGACCACGUCCUGAGCCCGUCUGAAUGCGCCCAACUUAUCAAGUUCGCGGAAGCCAGCGUCGCAGACGAGAACCGAAGCAAGGAGACCGGGUUGCCGUGGUCGCCGGCCCUGGUUAACGCCGGAGGCGGCUACGAGGUCAGCAGCCCGACGUACCGUAAUAGCGACCGCAUCAUCUGGGAUAACCAGGACAUGGUGGAUCGGAUCUGGGGACGGCUCGAGCGCGUGCCGGAGAUCAGGGAGAGCUUGAUCUCGUUCACGCAGGAGUCGACGCGUGUUGUUCUUAGGUCGAGGGCUGAGGGCGGCGCGCCGGCUCGAAAGCCGGAGGUGUGGGAUUUCCAUUGCGUGAACAAGCGCAUGCGCUUUUUGAAGUAUGGGAAGGAUCAGUUUUUCCGCCCGCACUGCGACUCCCCGUAUGGUGAGGUGACGGACGAUGGGCAUGCGGUGAUGACGCAUUAUACGCUGCAUUUGUACUUGAACGAUUCGAAGCAGGAGGUUGGGGAGAAGUCUGAACUGGUCGGGGGCGCGACGUCGUUCUUGUCGUCGAAUCAGGAGCGCAAACUUGAUGUUGAUCCGAAGGCUGGGAGGAUUCUGAUUUUCCAGCAUAGGAGGCUGUAUCACUCGGGCGAUGAGGUAAAGGCUGGAACUAAGUACACGAUGAGGACGGAUAUCAUGUAUCGGCAACGAGUUUCGUAGUCUUAACCUGAGAAGACUGCUUAGGAAGAUUAUGUGAGGGUUUAUGGUGCAUUCAUUUGUUUUGUAGCGUUAGUAUGCUACGCAUUUUUACGAAAUAUUCGUAGAUAGGUAGCUUUAAGUAAAUCUUCAUAUCCUCGAUUUUAGUCCGUAGCUAUAUUACUCAGUACCUUCAUCAGAAUGUUAACAUUUGGCUUGUCUCGAUAGCUUCCACCUCCAGCCUCUUUUUAUUCGCAACUCACCUUGAAUUUCCUUUUCAGACCACUAAACUCCGAGCGUGUAACACACCACCAACACCAACCCCUAUCAAGGCCAUAUCUCCCUAAUCCCCUUCAGCGCCUUACAAUCCGCCUUAUGCCCCAACUCAUUCCACCCACGCACCUGGCACUCCGUACCACAAUACGCAACAACGCCACAGCCCGUACACCGCAUCAGCUUCCCUUCGCCCCCCUCAUCCUUCCCACACGC